UUUGCCCAUUCGCUCUCUCACAAAUCCAAGCUUUCUCUUCUUCUACAUUCAGAGACCCCCCCACUUUACGCUGUCAAACGAAAACGCUCCAAAACCCUAAUUCUCCUCCAGUUUGUGUCGUGAAAUGGCUGAAGCAAGAGAUAGACUCUCAAGGCCGCCUGUUGAUCUCGCAGACACCUAUGCUCAAUGGCUAUCGCGCAAUCGCAGUAUUUACAUAGAUCCGCCAGAGCAGGUUCUUCAGGUUGUUCCAGACUUGUCGAGAACGCCAGCGAGACAGAGAGCCCCAACAGCAUUAGGGUUUGGGGCCACCGGAGUUGUUGGUGGUGGAGGGCUCCUGAGGAGCAGUUUGAGGACUCCGAGGACCGGAAAUGGGCGUGGUCGGAUCCCAUUUGGGUUUACGACACCGGCCAGAGAGAACACGCCGCCGGCCGGGAGUUCUCGCCGGAGAAGGGGCAGAUCCAGUAACAGCGUGUUACCUUCUUGGUACCCAAGAACCCCUCUCCAGGAUAUCAGUGCUGUUGUGAGGGCCAUUGAAAGGAGAAGAGCACGCUUGGUUGAGAACGAUGGCCAACACACUGAGGGUCAAGUUCCACAGGGCCGGAAUAUACUUGAUCAAUAUCUGCUAGUGCCAGGUGCUCAACUUGAGCAUGGUGUUCCUGUUACUCCAUAUUCAGCUGUUCGAACCAAGCAAUGCCCACCUCCUUCCGUUGGUAGAGUGCAGAAAAUUAUAAGGGAGGCCACUAACACUCAGACUGCUGAAGGGGAAUUUCUUACACCACAGAAGAAACUAUUGAACUCAAUUGACACAGUUGAGAAAGUGGUGAUGGAAGAACUUCAGAGGCUGAAGAGGACCCCCAGUGCUAAGAAGGCUGAGAGGGAGAAAAGAGUUCGAACUUUGAUGUCAAUGCGAUGAGGGAGCAGCAACAUUAGCAUUGGAACAUAGGAGAUUGGACAAGGUUUAGAGCAGUUGAGGCUUAUCACCUUCUGGUGAUACAUUUCUGACCCUCAGUGAGACUUAUCACCUUCUGGUGAUACCGUUUUGAUACUCAGUUAGACGGUUAUCAUCCUCUGGUGAUAUUGCCUACCAUAUGACUUAUCAUCUUCUGGUGAUAUUGCCUACCAUAUGACUUUUAUCAUCUUCUGGUGAUAACUUUACUUUGACUUAGCAGAUUUUGUUUUUGUUUUGAAACUUAAUGUGCUUUAGGUCUUAGUAUACAGGGGCAGUUAUCACUGCUAAAGUUCUCAGUGUGAGGUUACUAUAUUCUUGUGUCUAGUUGCCAUCAUUCUUUGAUGGUCUUAGCAGUAGAUAAGUGGUUGAAAUGGUGUAUAUAUAGGGCCACAUCUCCAUCUUUGUUGUAUUUGUUCAGAUCAUUUCUCAUGUACAAUGAUGCCAAUUACUUUUCGUUUAUGACGUGAAGCAUUUGUUCUCAUCAAAUGCAGUUUGAUUCUCUAA